GUUUGGCACUUUCGAAUGUAUUAUCGUGCCCCGCGAAUACUCGUGCGCCGCGACUGUUCUUAGGUUAAGAUCCUCACGGUCCGUCAACAGAUUAUUUAAAAUCAAUCCAAAUUAAUCUUAACUUGUGUCGAUUCGAUGCGGAUUACGCAUCGCAAGACGAGAAGAAAAAAAAAAGUAUGCGCGUUGGCACGUCCUCGGCAGCAGCGAGGUUAGCGAGGAGACUGACAUCUCUAGAUUUCAUUGCUGAACGGUUUAAACGUCGCCUUCGCGAACACGAUGAUUCUACGUUAAUCUUCAAACAAUGAGGAUCGAGUUUUGAAGGUGAUGUCGACGCUUGUUGAGAUUGACAGCUCGUCGUAUUCCGUCGACGAGAACUCCUGCGUUCCCGACGCGAUCGAGCGAAUCGACUCGACGGUGACGUACGACGAGUUCUUCUCCAAACAUCUGGUGUGCAACAGGCCAUGCGUCAUCGGUCUGCAAGCAACCGAGAACUGGCCGUGCAGGCGUGAAUGGGUAUUAUCGAACGGCGCGCCCAAUUUCGAGGUGCUCCGCACGCUAUUUGGACGUUCCGUUGUCCCGGUUGCCGAUUGCAACAGAAAGUUUUACAAUUCGCAAUUCAAGAAUGACAUGUCCAUGGAGAGUUACCUCGAGUACUGGGUCGAUUACAGGCGGAACUGUUAUGCUAAAUCGAUGCCGUUGUUAUACUUGAAAGAUUGGCAUUGCGUGAAAAAUUUUCCCGAAGUUUUGAUUUAUGAAGUGCCUCAGUAUUUCGUUUCCGAUUGGUUGAAUGAAUAUUAUAUCGCCCAUCCCGAAUUAGGUGAUGAUUACAUGUUUGUCUACAUGGGCCCAAAAGAGACCUGGACUCCAUUACACGCAGAUGUUUUUACAUCAUAUAGCUGGUCUGCGAAUAUAGUUGGAAGAAAAAGGUGGCUACUCUUUCCUCCGCAUGAGGAAAACCACUUUCGUGAUCUUUAUGGGCAAUUGGCAUAUGAUGCAGUUUCAGAGGAACUUAACGAUCAUACGAGAUAUAAGAUGUACGAUAGUAAAAAGUUAAAAUGUUUUGAUAUAAUUCAAGAAAUAGGGGAGAUUAUAUUUGUGCCAUCUGGAUGGCAUCAUCAAGUUUGGAAUUUGGAAGAUACAAUUUCCAUUAAUCAUAAUUGGAUCAAUGGCUGUAAUAUUGCUAAUGUAUGGUCCACAUUAAAAAAAGAAAUGAGAUCUGUCAUGAAAGAAGUUGACGAUUGCAGGGAUAUGAAAAAUUGGAACGAACAUUGCCAAUUGAUGCUAAAAAGCUCUUAUGGCAUGGAUUAUAAACAGUUUCUCGAAUUCAUAUCUUUUAUUGCUAAGAAUCGUUUACAUGCUAUGAUGAAAAAGAGCCAGGUUGUGAGUUUUAAUAAGUAUCGUUUCGGACGUAAUCACUGUUUGUUUGAUUUGCGAGCACUUAAAACCAUAUUGGAGGAUAUUAUCACAGACGCGCAAGAUUUGUCUGUGUACAAAUUGAUGUGCGAGAAUGAUGAAGCCUGCGUUCUAUUGAAAGAUAUUACUACGUUUCUCGAAUCUUGUAACAUUGAAAAUGUAGUUUCUCCAUGAACAUAAAAUUCGACGAGCUAUUAACUGUUAAAGCAAAUUGUAAAUUUUGUUGUAAAUAUAGCAUGUUACAGCACUUUCACAGUUAA